AUCGUCUUACUUCAGGUUUAUAAGAUUUUUAUUAAUGACACAGUUACACUUUCAGAAAAGACGUUUAAAGUAGAUUAGUUUUGAUAAACUGGUGAGCAGGUGUUUGUAGGUUCAUGUGACCUCUGACCUCAGCACUGAUGCAGGAAGUGACACACUUUUUCAGAGCGUGGGAAAAUCGUUACCUGCAGUUCUGGUGAUAAUCCACUGAGCCAAACUUCACCUGAUAAAGUAAAACGAGAUGUCAGACUCACCUGUGCACCAGAUAAGGUCACAUGCUGAUAUUUUGUUCUACUAGACUCAUCCUGGAGCGUGCUUGGAUGGAUUCGACUCUCAGUCGAAGGCAUGCGAUAUUGCUGCUAGUGUCACUCUAAAACAGGGUUUUUCCCAAGUCAAGGAUCCUAAACUUUUUUUCAUUUAUUUUUGUUUUCUUAAUCCUGAUUCUGAUUUCUGGUUUGGUGUUCUUAUUCCAAUUCCCUUAAUUAGUCAUUUUGUGUUCUGUAUUCCUCUACAGAGGCUGAGCCUGUCGGUGGUUUCUUCCUGUUAAAAAGACGUUUUUUCGCAUGAUCAGUAUUAAUGUAGGGUCUUACAGUAUAAAGGACUUUGAGGUGACUGCUGUUGUGAUUUGAUGAUGUAUAAAUUAAACUGAGCUGAAUUUAAAGGGUCCACUAUAAAACCUGUGUAUAUUAUUGAGAUUUUUCCUAGACUCUACAUUAAGUCUCCACCAGGGAUCAAUAAAGUAUUCUGAAGUCCUCAAACUAAGAAGGCUGCUUUUGGGGACGGCAUUGUCAUGUGUCCCAGUUGAAUGAAUUGUUUUCAAAUGUGAGGCGCAGACGACAUUAGCAAGCAGCAUAUUCUGCUAAUACUAAUUAGAAGACCACAUACGCCUGACAUGUGACUGGGAGCUGAGCCCCUCGAGUCGCCCCCGAAACACGUCAUCCUCCGGCCUGCAGGGGGCGCGCUUACUGUGGCCGUUACUGCUGUCACGCAAGCUGUGACGUGGAACCCGGGUUGAAACAGACCCGCGAAAACUGAACAGUCCGGACGGACACCGGAAGAACGGGACCGUGGGGCCAUGGGUCAGGAGUUUCACAUCGUCAGGUGUUUCCGCUGUCAGAGCUUCCAGGUGCAACAGGUGAAGAAGGCGAGAAAGUGGAGCUGUAAACUGUGUGGAGAGAAACAGUCAUUGCUGAAGGAGUUUGGGCGGGGCAAUGCGGCAGACUGCAGACGUCACGUUCAGAAACUAAACGCCAUGAGAGGAGCCAUGAUGGAGGAGCAAGAGCACCGUUCUUGGUCACUAUGGGAGCAGGAGCAGCAGGAGGAUGAGGAGCAGACAGACGAACCGGUGAGCCGCUGGAGCAAAUACUUGGACACACCUGAGGAGGUGGAGCAAGACGAUGAGGCAGAGCCUGAGGAGAAGGAUUUAGGAAAUCGAAGGCAGCUCCAUGGCAUCAAGAUGACUGACAGGAAGAGGAAGCGAGCCGAGGAAGCAGGACCAGAGGAUGUCCACACAUCUGAACAGCUAAACUGUAUGAAACUCCAAACACCUUCAACCAUAAACACCUGUAGCCCCACCCUCUUCACCACCAGGUGGGCUAAUUUCCUCAGCCCUGACUCAAAGGUGCAGGAGGGGGAGAAGCCUGCAGUUGGUGAGUGGAGUCAGUCUUUAAGUAGUGUCGCUGCUCCCUCCUGCUCUGGAAUAAUCAGCAGGCCCCGCCCUCUUCUUCCUGUUACCUCCAUGUUCGACAGCGGCGAGGACUUUAACUUUGACGACGACUUCCUUGUUAAACGUCUCCCGGAGUGAUUGUGCAUUUGUG